GGGAAAGGUUAGAAAGCUACAGACGAGGAUUUAGCCGUGAACAACGACUCAAAUUUCGGCCCUGGACACACUGUUCCUUUGAGAAGAAACAAAAGCAGUUAGGACUUUCUUCAGAAAACCUAUUUUUGUGUUCCAGACAGUCAUACUCGUCUCGAACGACACGAGGGUGCGCCGAGGAAUGAUGGGUACUACUUCCUAAAUAUCAAGAGAUGCAUCCAGGGCCACGUCAAAAGAAAUUGGCCUUGGAGGACAUUCACAGCAAGGCUUUCAGUGAGCCAACCUGUCUUCCAAAAUCAAAGACAAUAAAAAGGCCUUUGUUUACGCUAUGGCCCUGUCUGGACGGAAAAGAGAUUCCAAGACAGCAAUCUCAGAGCGGCGCAGACAGUGCACUAGACACUGACCUUGAACUAACAACUAUUUUAGCCAUUUUCCAGAGAUUUUGGAGAUUUCAGAUUUGGCCAUCCUCGCGGUAAGAUAAUAUAAUCUUUCUACUGUGACUUUUAAGCGAUAUUAUUUGAGACAGGUUGUUUGAGGCGAAUAUUUAUUUUGUGUGUGUGUGUGUGUGACUGAAUUAAGUUGUUGAAAUGUCAUUCAUUCCCAGGGAGAACCAGUAACUCACUCAACAACUUGUUUUACUCUCUGUUGUGCUCUUGGGAGAAAUAAUAAAAUAUUCUCACUACAACUAAUCAGAAAUAAUUAGCAAAAUGGCACAACUGACUAGUAUAUUAAUUACCAUGAGUGUUUUCUCAAAGUAGUAACUAAAUUUCAGAUCUCUAUAGCUUCAUAUUUGGUGAUUACAUUUAUAUUUAACACACAGAUGUCCUGAUAAUUCAGUAAAAUAUCUGAUAGCAUUUAAAAUUUAUAUGCAGGGAGUGCUGCAUAGCAUGUUAAUUGGUUACAUGAAUCUGGUAUGGAGUACUCUAACCGUAAAACCAGCACAUGUGUGCCUAAAAUUUGGAUGUAAUAAUUCGUGGGCAAUUUAGAGGACAACAUUUGUAGACUUUUAGUUGUUUUGAGUCUGUGUUAUAGGUGUUACGUCAGUAUUUGUAAUGCGUUGAAUACCGGAUUUCCUUAGGCAGUAUCUUUGCAUUUAUAGCCCAGAUACCCAUCGCUAUUAAUGAAGCUGUUCGUGGUUAUUUUUGCUUUUGUCGGUUUAUUUGAAAGUAGAUGAAACAAAAAUAAAUAAUUAAGUUGGCUACGAGCUUAAUUACAAUCACGCCCCCACACAGAUACACUGACACAAGCUUUAGAUUGGCAGCAAACGCAAAGGUACUGUGCUAGUCAAAGACUCUUGUUAUAAAUAAGGGAAAUAUAAAUUAUUAAAAUGAACGAAGAAUGCAAAUAUAAUUUGCUCAGUAUAUGUAUAUAAAUAUAUGUCAGCAUGAGCAUGUGCGCAAGAGGCUACGCAAACGCCUAAACAAAGCAGUUGUUAAAAUAAAGUUAUGAAGGUAUAGAGUUCAGUCCCCCCCACUUUUUUAAUUUAUUUAUUUUUUUUAAAUAUGAUAGCUGUAUUCAUAUCUGAAAACCUUUAACUUUUUAUUUGUAUUUCAAAAGAUAAAAGAGAUAAAGAGAUAAAAGGAUGUAAUUCAAAAUCUUUUGUGACACUAAAUGGACUAUUCAGAAGUAACAUUAAAAUGAUUUAUUUUAUAACAUUUAUUUAUAAUUAAUACACUAGGGAGGGGGGAAAAUUUAAAAACUUAAGGCCUAAAAGCUUAGCCUGAGACUGAAUAGGCAUAAUAUCAACUGUGCGUUACGUACACACUCCAGUGUGAGACAGAGAGUUUAAUGCGUCCUGUUAUUAUUGUCCUUUUGUCAUAAUAAUCUUUAUUUCAUCGCUUCAUUAUGUUCUUAAUACACACGUGACAAUGGCACUGCGUUGCAGUUGAUAAGAGGAAAAAUUGCGUGUACUUUAUAUAUUUACAAUCAAAAAUCAAUUAAUGUGAUCUAGUGUGGUGUAUUUGGAGCGGCAGAAUCAUUUUAAUGCCCUCAGCCAGCUUGUAAAAUUCAAAUAAAAGAAUUGCGAGAUGUGUAACAAUCCUCCAUGAGUUUGACUGCGAGUAUUUAUAGGAUGUAUCUGUUAAAGUUGUUCAUGUGAGGUGUACUAGAGCAUAUUAUCUAAAAUAUAGGCUACGGUCUUAAAAAAUUCUUAUAGAAUAUCAUCUUCUUUUACGGAGCCAAUGGUUUCAACCUGCUGACCCCACUACAGUAAAUAUGAGUGGAGUUCAGCACUGAGCAUCAGUAUUUCUUUAAAACAAGCCUGUAAAAGAUGAACAUCACAUCUUUAUAUGACACUGAAUUCAACCGUAAUUUGUUUGAAAACAAUGUCGAAAGAACCCUCACCAUCGGUAAAAAAAAAAAGUGCCCCUUUUUUGGGGGGGAAAAGUAUUUUUUAUUUUAUUUAUUUAUUUAUUUUUUAGCCAGGUAAUAAAGAUUAAACGAGGCUAGGGACACUUCUCUAUAUUUCUAAACAGGAAAGUGAAAGACGAUCAGUUUAGAACCUUUGAGCUAGGGGAAAAGAAAAACAAGAUUUUACAUUUUUAAUAAGAUAUUUUAUAGUAUUUUUAAAAAGCAUAUAAAACCAGUAAUACAGAAGUUAAUGUUUUGUUUUGUCUGAAAUGGACCAAGUGGGUGGUACCUUCUAGUGUUCGAGUAAGCUCCGGCACGUGACGUGGAGAUGACCAAUCAGGUGCACCUCCAGGUUUAACUACGUUAAAUGUCAGAUUGCAAUAAACUAGAAGCUGUUGGUCUGGCCCGCGGAAAUGGGCGAGCAUAAUCUUCUUAAUCCUGGGUUUGUGGGACCUUUGGUAAACAUCCACACUGGAGACAGGUUUUACUUCCCGAAUUUUAGAGCCUCAGGGGGACAGCUGGCGGGGCUACCGUCUCUCUCGUACCCUAGAAGGGACAAUGUUUGCUCUCUCCCGUGGAAUCCAUCGGAGUCGUGCAAUGGAUAUCCUCAGUCUUACUUUAGCAGUCCCGUAUCCAUUAACCCCUCUUUUAAUCGAUCUUGCGAAAUAACCCGACUGGAGGAAAGCAAAUGUUAUUAUGGCAAUUCCAGCAGCACCAGAGAGCCGUGUUCAGACAGCAACAAUCUCAAACGAGAGGAGCGAGCAAGAGAUACAUCAGUAUCGUCUGAUCACGGGAUGCACAAUGGGAUGGGCAACAGUGGCACCUUCUCAAAGUAUGAUUAUGGCACCGAGCAUCUGACCCAAGACCCGCCAUCCUGUCAGUCGUUGGAGUCCGACUCCAGUUCUUCAGUGCUAAACGAAGGAGGGAAGACUUCAGCAGGCGACCCACAAACCCUGGUAUCGCAAGGAAACCACGCAAGCAAUAUCGCCAGUGGAGGAGGUGCCCCGUGGUACCCGAUGCACACCCGGACCCGCAAGAAGCGAAAGCCCUAUUCCAAACUGCAGUUGGCCGAGCUUGAGGGAGAGUUCAUGCUGAACGAGUUCAUCACCCGGCAGCGACGUAGGGAGCUGUCUGACAGGCUCAAUCUCAGCGACCAACAGGUUAAAAUUUGGUUCCAAAAUCGGCGGAUGAAGAAAAAGAGACUGUUGCUGAGGGAGCAGGCUUUGUCCUUCUUUUAAGGAGGCACAAAAUACACAUUGCUUAAUGGUAGUCCAACAACAGUAUUUAGUUAAUGGUAAUCUGCCAUUGGCCCAUUUUACUCUGAAAGUCUUGCCCCACGACGCAUUCAGAAAACGCGAAUAAGAAUUCAGACAUAAUAGGGGUACGCGACCAAAUGAUGGCUCCAGAAGUCUGCUUAUACUAUGUGGUCUGGUGUUUAUUUAAGAGGGUUCGUGUCCAGCAGUUUUGGGCAUGUAUACGGUGGGAAUGUUUUAGUGUAAGUUUUGAAAGUAACAAGGUGUCUAAGCCAUCACUCACUUUAUUAAGUAAUGAACUGCUAGUUAAAAAACUCAGACAAAUCUAAGCUGUGAGAUAGCAUUUCGGACAAGUAAAAUGUUUUCUUAUCAGUCUGAAAUGAUCGCUAAAUAUUUAUUGUCGGAGUGUUAAAACAAUUUUUGAAAGUCUAACAUAACACUCGUGCCAUGAUCAGUGUUCUAAGCUAGAGAAAAUAAAAUAAAACAGACUGAAACGCCAUACUUGGUCAUAAUGAGAAUCCUUAACUGUUCGUAAUCUCCCGUCUAUGUUUUUAUUUUGCCGGUUAUCGCUAAGAAAGGGCCUUUCAAACUCAAUACUCGGCAAUAAGAAGCGUGGGCAGCGUUAAGCCAUCAACGUCUUAUCUCCGUUCCGCAGUCAUCGCCACGUGUUCUAUGGCACGUUCACGGUCACGGGCACAAAGUUAGUGACCCAACUCAUAUCUUGGGCCCUUGAGAACCAAACUGCAAUUACAGAACAGCUUUUUUAUGAAUAGACUUUGAUCUAGCCUGUGAAAUGUCUUUCUGACAAAUGCUAGGAAAUUACUUCUACAACUAGAUAUUGUCCAAAGUGUAAAUUGGUAGGCCUGCAGCUAAGCCGCACAAACUGCUAAUAAAAUAUUUAUUCAUGAUAUGGUGAAAAACUUUAUAAGUGUCUCUAUCAUAUUUGCAUUUUUAACAGCAUAAAUUUCCCAUUAACGAUCGCUUGUCCCUCGAUCUGCCUUAUUUGGACAUAUUCGCUUAGCUGUACUUAAUUAAUUCACAACAAUGCUUUUGGGAGAGAAAUGCAUGGUCAAGUAAUAUUACGGAGACGCGCAAUUAUAAAUUAAAAUAAGGAUUAAGUCAUUUAUAAAUGUAAUGGAAUUAGCAAUCAUACUGAAGAGACCAGAUUUAAAUCCCAAAAUUCACGAGCCUGUUUUGCUAAUUAACGGGACCCAUUGUGUUAUUUGAAACAUUAUUUACUCAGAUCAUGAAUUAUAUGCCAGUGAAAUAGUUCAUAUUUGCUGCAUGAUUAUAAUGACUGUAGUUAGAAGGUAAAGAGCAAAUGUUUUUCCGACUAUUUUUUGUCAACAAGGCGCAUGUUUUAUUUUAAAACCCCCAAUCAAAAAACUGAAAAGAACAUCACAAAUAUACGGACAAGAAAGUUGGUUUCAUAUAAAAUAUAGUUUAUUCGUUUGAACCUAUUAUUAUUAUUAUUAUUAUUAUUAUUAUAAAACGAAUUUGCAUAAGGCGGUGCUACAUUAUUUUCUUGUUAAUGGUUAUAGUUCGCCGAUUGACAUUUUCUUUAAAUCCUAUUUUUGUGACUAUAUAGAAAAUACAAAAACAGUUAUAUGAAUGACAUCAUCAGCAACUAUAUAACAAUGUUCGUCAUGUUUCCCCCCUUUGGAUUGUUUUGUGAAAUAGUCUCUGAUGUAUAAUUUUUCUGUGUUGUUCUGUGGAAUUUUGUGAAUGCACCAGUGUCGCAUUCCUUUGUACCUUGCGAUUAAAAAUGUCUUGUAAAUAAUGUUGCGAGUUCAUGAAUGUAUCCAUAUAUG